AUGGCCGAAGCUGUGAUAGUUUUAGCUGCGCAGAAGAUUGGUGUUGCCCUAGGGAAGGAGGCAAUCAACCAAGCCGCUUCAUAUUUCGAAACAUAUGUUACCCAGCUGACAGAUCUUCAAGGAAGAAUGGCUCGCAUCAGGACAGAACUCAGAGUGAUGCAUGAAUAUCUUUCCGGGAUUGAUGUCCGCAGUCACAACAAGAAGACGUAUGAAGUCUGGGUGGAGGAGGUGAGAAUGCAAGUGCAUAGAAUAGAGGACAUUGUGGAUGACUACUUGCACCUAAUUGGUCACAAACAUGACACUGGAUGGUGUAGCUCUCUUAAGAAAAGAUUCAAGAGACCAAAUAUCUUGCUUUCUUUAAACAGGAUAGUGUCAUCAAUUAAAGAAGCAGAGACCAAUCUGGAUCAUUUGUUCAAGACCAAAGACCGAUGGGUUUCGGUGCCAAAUGAGGGGGAUACUAGUGGUGAGAACUCAAGCUACAUUGUUGAGAGGUCCCGACAUCUCGCAGACAUUUCACGUUCCCUCCAUGAAGACGAUCUUGUCGGGGUGGAUGGAAACAUAAAUUUACUCCAUAGGUGGAUCACAACCGAUGAUGAUAUGAGACGCAAGGUGAUAAUGUUGCAUGGCGGUGGGAUGGGAGGACUCGGUAAGACAGCUUUGGCGGCAAAUGUGUACAACAAAGAGAAAGCCAACUUUGAAUGUUACGCCUGGGUCUCUAUCUCUCAAGCAUAUACCAUGAUGGAUGUACUAAAACGUUUGAACACUGAACUUUACAGCAGAGAAGCUAAGAACAGUAGUGUUUCGGAUAACAUUGAUGACCUCGGUCAUCGACUGGAGGGAUUUCUUAACGACCGCAAGUAUUUGAUUGUCUUCGAUGAUGUUUGGGAACCAGCAACUGUGGAUGAGUUGUUAAGAGCACUUGUUCCGAAUGACCGGGGUAGCAGAGUUCUUAUGACAACACGCAUACAUGGUGUGGCUCACCAUGCUUUAUCUGACAUGAGGAUAGAAAUACAGCCUCUAUCACCUGACGAUUCAUUGAUGCUCUUCCAGAAGACAGCUUUUCCAAGAGAAGAUAACACUAUCCCUGCAGAACUGACAACACUAGUAGAUGAAUUAGUUGGAAAGUGCAAAGGGAUACCUCUUGCGAUUGUCUCUGUUGGCAGGCUCCUUCGUGAUAAUACAGAAGCGGAAUUCAGGCGCAUACAUAACCAGCUCGACUGGGAGCUAAACAACAACCGAAAUACACAAGACGUCCGAAAUAUACUUUACUUGAGCUACAUCUACCUUCCGACAUAUCUGAAAAAUUGCUUCCUAUAUUGUAGUUUGUUUCCAGAGAACUAUCAUUUUAAAAGAAAAAAGCUUAUACGAUGGUGGAUAGCAGAGGGAUUUGUGGAGAAGAGGGGCGGAAGAACAAUGGAGAAAGUGGCAGAAGAUUAUCUCAAAGAGCUGGUUUACUGGAAAAUGCUACAGCUUGUUCGAAGUAAUUCAUUUGACAGGAUAAAAAUAAUCAAAAUGCAUGGUCUCGUACGUGAAUUGGCAGUUGAUAUGUGCCAAAAAGAGUGCUUUGGUGUUGUAUACAAUGACAAAGCUAUGAUACAUGGGGAGUCUCCUGGGGAGAAGGACGAACGUCGGAUCGUAAUACACAGGAUAAAUUGGGAUGUUGAUCCAGAUAAUUUAGGUGCACAUGUUACUCAAAAAAUUUCAGGUGCACACCACAUCCGAUCUCUUAUUCUCGAGGAGGAUAAUAGGACGCCACAGGCACGAACUCUGGUACCUGUUGUGGUGAAAUGCAGAUAUGUGUCAGUACUUGAGUUAAGUGGGCUAUCCAUUGACAAUGUUCCAAAUGCCAUCGGCGAUCUGUUUAACCUUCGGCAUCUUGGUUUGCGGGGAUCUAAGGUGAAGGUCCUCCCAAGUUCUAUCGAGAGGCUCUCCAACUUGCUGACGCUGGACCUUACAGGAUCAGAAUUACAAGAGCUGCCUAGAGGAAUUGUUAAGCUAACAAAGCUCAGGCACUUGUUUGCUGAGAAAGUGAGCGACAAAUACGGUCGAGACUUGCGGUGUCGCACUGGCGUACGCAUCCCCAAUGGCAUCGGCAUGGAGAAGUUGAGAGAACUACAGACGCUGCAAGCGCUGGAAUUGCGUAAUGAGGGGUCCUUGAGGCACUUGAAAGAGAUGAGGCAGAUGAGAAGCCUAAGGAUAACCGGUGUUAGGGGAAGUUAUUGUGAAGCCCUUUGCGUGUCCCUUAGUCAGAUGAAAAUGUUAUCCAACUUAGACAUCAUAGCAAGUGAUAGUGAGGAGUUCCUUCAACUAUCGAAUAAUCUAAACCCACUACCCGCAGACCUUGAGAAGCUAUCUUUGCGUGGAAGAUUGGCACAACCACACAUGCUACUAGGUGCUACUGCUGCAACAACAACAGGGGGUCAGAAUCAUUUGUGCUCACUGCAUCUAUCUUGGUCCCGGUUAGAAGACGACCCACUGCUAUCCCUCUCUCGGUGGUCGACUCUAACACGGCUAAGUUUUACCAGAGCGUAUGUCGGACAACAGCUGGUAUUCCUCCAAGGGUGGUUUACCAACCUCAAGAAACUCAUUUUAAGAGACAUGCCUAAUCUGGAUCGGCUGGAGAUACAACAAGGCACUAUGACGAGAAUACAAAAAAUAGUUCUACAAAACCUCAGCGGCAUGGUUCUGGUUCCUCGUGGCAUCGAGUAUGUUCAGCCCACUCUAAAAUCGCUAUUAUUUCUGGACAUCACCCCAGUCUUCUUUGCGGAGUUGCGCAAUUGUCGUAGACUAAUUCGCGAUAGGUGGCAGUACUCACUCAUUAGAGGAAACGGACAGUGA